CUGGGCGGUUCGGAGCACGGCAUUGGGUGUGAGAGAUGCGCGUGCGAUGGAGUGGAGGGGAGGGGAGAGGUAUGCUGUUCUUCUUCUCUUCAUCUCCUCUACUGCUUUCGAUAACUACACGUCUUCAAUGCUUUGAUACGUCGCGGCUGCGUGCAACGACGAGGCCGCUGUGAGUAGGCAAGGUAGCGAGACACGAGCUGUUCGACGAGAGCGCGCGCGCACGACUCCCCCUCUCUACCUCCACAAUCCAUGGCUCCGCGAUGGUGCAUCUACCUCGCCCACCGAUGGCGCUGGCCCAAAGUCAUGAUCGGACUGUUGAUCCUCGAACUGCCCUGCACCAUCGUGCUGCUCCUGCUUUUCGGCAUCGCGGACGGCGACACAUACCGCAAAAAGCUAUGGCUAGACGGGUCGAAUCACGGCUUCAACAGCAAUCCGAAUGAGAUUCUUUACCAAUACGCCAACUACCAGCCGAUUCACGUGCCGCUGAUUUGGAGCAGUCGUCUCACCCACUACGACACCGUCAUCGUCGUGCUCAGUAUGUUCCUCCUGCUGUGCAAGAGCACCAUGUACGUGCUCUCCGCCUUGCUGCCCGUCUUCAGCAUCGUCAUGCACGGGGCCUUGAUCGCGCUGUACGCGGUGUCGGUAAAGUGGCAAUCCACUCCGGAUUUGAGCAAUCGGAAUGUGCCCGAUUUGCAGACGAAUCUGCCGUGGUAUCUGGGCAAGGGGUGCAGUUAUGCUUCGAAGCAGAACUAUGGCUAUUGCUUGCAAUCGCGCGCGGCUUUUGCGGUGACGACGGUGAUGUUAGCGCUCUUCGUCGUCGACUUCCUAAUGGCCAUCCACUCCGCCAUCAUCACGCGGGAGGAAAAAGCGGAACGACUCAACGACUGGGAAGAAGAGAAAGACUUGAAGCAAUACGAAGAAGCAUAUGACCCGGAUGAAGAGUGGGAAGUGCGACGACAGCGAGUGUUUGCGGACAUGCCUCGCACACCAGCGACGCCAUGGUCGCAGAGCGGAGUGCCGCUGACCACACCGCGGACGACGGCGUUUAACAAGUUGAGUGGUGCGGCGGAUGGAGUGGGCACGGGAGCCAGCAGGAGCGGCGCCAUGCCGGCGAGACCUUUGGCGUUUCGUGCGAUGUAUGGAGAGGUAGAAGUGCCGGAUGCUCCUAUCUGAGGAUUGAUUACAGUAUCUUCAACCCAACCGAGGAGCAUGUGAGAUUUGUCGUGGGUGAAUAGUGAUAGCUUAGGCAGAGUGACUUAGCUGAGCCCUCGGUAUUUGCCCGAUACAUGGGGGGCUGAAGGAAUGUUGAUCUCCGUUGAUCGUUGAUGGUGUGUCGAUGCCUGCCCGAUUGUGACUUUGAGCAUGGGAUGAAAACCACAGCUUGGUAUGACGUGAAGGUGCAGUCGUACCUCCCCUGCACUGGGGGUAGGUGUCUGCUGGUGAUUCCAAGCAAAGGCGCCUCCACGCAAGAUUUGAGAAUGAGUAAGCGGAAUGAUGAUGCCGCAGGCCGCACGCACGCAGCGUUCGCUUGCUC